UUGCCUGCCGCUGGCGCUUCCGGUUCCUGUAGCCAGUCACCGGGCUGGGUUAGAGGCGCCGGCCAUGGCGGGGAGCCGGCUGGAGACCGUGGGCAGCAUCUUCUCGCGGACGCGGGACCUGAUUCGGGCUGGGGUGUUGAAGGAGAAGCCCCUCUGGUUUGACAUAUAUGAAGCCUUUCCCCCGCUGAGGGAGCCGGUCUUCCGAAGGGCCCGCGUGCGAUAUGGCAAAGCCAAAUCUCCCGUGCAGGACAUUUUCUACCACGAGGAUCUAAUUAGAGCGAAAUUUUAUUCAGCCUAUGGAUCUGGUCAAAAAGCUUUUGAUCUGUUCAAUCCAAACUUUAAGUCUACCUGUCAACGGUUUGUGGAGAAGUACAUUGAGCUACAGAAACUUGGAGAAACAGAUGAAGAAAAGUUAUUUCUGGAAACAGGGAAGGCUCUAUUGGCCGAAGGCGUCAUUUUAAGACGAGUAGGAGAAGCAAGGGCUCAACAGGAAGGUAGUCACGUUUCCUGGAAAUCUGAAACCAUGGGUGUCAAACCCCAAACUGUGUUGGAAAAAAGCGAGCCUCUGCAAGGAGUUCCACAGGACCAGCAUUUGGAGGCGCCUGAAGAACAGUCGAAAGGUCUCUCGCCUCCCUGAAGAACUUGUAUACCAUGUAUACUGACAUCCAAACUGUAUUCAGUAGAUGAAUAUUGAACUGUUUUUAACAGCUGAGCUGUGUAAAUGUUUCUGGUUCUCUAAGGUGUUAUGUUUGCCUUCUUUUAGUUCUUAUUCCUAGGUUAUCAUAAAGCUCAGUAUCAUGGUUUGAAAGAAGCAGUUAUGUGAACUUUGAUGUUAGGAUGGUAUUAAAUAAAGAAUUCCCUAGCUGCUUUUACAGUAAAUUUACUUUAAAAUUGUAAAUAGCAUGAGGAAACCUUUAUAAGGAUUGUUUGAAUGGGGCUCAUGCUGAGUAGGUUUGCUUGGAUUUUGGUGUUAACAUGUGCGUUGGCUACACUUGAUUCCCUGGUAUGUUUCUCUUCUCUGGAUCCACCAGACUGUCACUUGCACAUAUACUGUGACCCUUGGUCCGCUGUUUCUCUCUGCAAAUAAUCUUUGUACUUUUUGCUAUAGAACUAAUGAUCUUCAACUUGAGAGGCCAAGAUGACUCGUGCUUUGUGGUACGAGUGAGGACCCAUAGCCAAAGGCCAAAACUAUAUGGACUGAAUGUGCUGGAGACAGUUAGCAUAGACCUGCACAAAGUAGGAUGCUUUGUAAAGAUUUGUUGAAUAAACGAUUACAUCCAGCUAAA